AUGAUGAUGGGAGUGGGUGGAGCUGGAGGUGCGAUGAGGCGUGCUCAAGCAAUACCACAUGGUUUUAUGGAUGCAAAAGCAUGCAAAACCCAUAAAGCGAUGAUGCAACAACGAGCUGCUAUGAUGUACCAAGGCUAUCCGAAUGGAGCGAGUAUGUCGCAACAACAGUACUUUAUGCAUAUGCAAAAGAUGCAGCAAACACGGUUCGCUAGCGGUGUCGAUCCGUCAGCAUCAGCGUUCAUGAGUAGUCAACGUAUGAUGAGCAUGCGAGGAGCGCCGAUGAGUGCUGCUGGACCGAUGAUGGAGCCAAUGGCGCCCACGGGCGGCUACCCUUCUGGAUAUUCUCAAGGGAUGCAGCCAUUCCCACCUCAACAGCAAUAUGUUGGACAGUUCUCGAUGAAUUGA